CCCCCCCAAAAUUCACAGACACCCGUGUCGUGUUGCAAACGAGAAAGCUCUAGUCUAAAUGUCUAAUAGUGUUAUCAAAUUUUAUAUAUAUAUAUAUAUAUAAUAUUAUUUGAAAUUACAUGAUUUUUUUUUUUUUCAAAAUUUUUCGAGAGAUCUCAUUAUUUAUUUACCCAGUCAUAUUUUGCUUCGUCUGUCCAAAGUCCAAACCAACAACAAACGCUCUAUUACACCGUCGCCAACUACCUCUCUCUCUCUCUCUCUCUCUCUCAACACAACCCCCUUCUCUGUUUCCCCGAUCUCUCUCGUAGAUGUCGCCCUCCGCCGCCUCCGCCGCCGCCGCCGCCGGAUCCUUCUCGAACUUAGCGCCCUCGCCGGCGGCGGCGGCGGCGGCGCGGCGGCGAUGGGCGGCGGCGCGGUGCUCCGCUGCAGGAGGAAGGGUGGCGGCGGCGUCGGCGGGGCCGAUCCUGCGGGAGCUGCAGCGGCGAUGCGCGGCGCCGCUUCCGGUGCUCCGGCACGUGGCGGACGCCAUGGCCGCCGACAUGCGCGCGGGGCUCGCCGGCGACGGCGCCGGCGACCUCAAGAUGAUCCUCAGCUAUGUUGACUCCCUACCCACGGGGAAUGAGAAGGGUCUGUUCUAUGCAUUGGACCUUGGAGGCACCAAUUUCCGAGUAUUGAGGGUACAAUUGGGAGGCAAAGAUCAACGGGUCGUUGACACCGAAUUCGAGCAAGUAUCAAUUCCCCAAGAGCUUAUGUAUGGUACUACUGAGGAGCUGUUUGAUUUUAUUGCAUCCGGUCUCGCGAGUUUUGUGGCGAAAGAGAGCGAGAAGUUUCAUCCUCUUGAGGGAAGGAAAAGGGAGAUAGGUUUCACUUUCUCUUUUCCGGUGAAGCAAACCUCUAUAGAUUCUGGCAUUUUGAUUAAGUGGACAAAGGGUUUUGCAGUCUCUGGGACGGCUGGAAAAGAUGUGGUUGCGUGCUUAACUGAAGCAAUGAAAAGACAGGGAUUAGAUAUGCGAGUCUCUGCCUUGGUUAAUGAUACAGUGGGUACGCUUGCUGGAGCACGAUACUGGGAUGAUGAUGUGAUGGUUGCUGUAAUUUUGGGUACCGGUACAAAUGCAUGCUACAUAGAACGAAUGGAUGCAAUUCCUAAGUUGCAAGGUCUGCAAACUGGGUCUGGAAAAACGAUUAUCAACACUGAGUGGGGUGCUUUUUCAACUGGUCUUCCCUUGACAGAAUUUGACAAAGAUAUGGACAAUGAAAGCAUAAAUCCCGGAGAACAGAUAUUUGAGAAGACAAUUUCUGGUAUGUACCUUGGUGAAAUUGUAAGAAGGGUGCUUCUCAAAAUGGCUGACGUUAGUGCCCUGUUUGGUGAAUCCGUCCCUGACCAGCUCUCUGUUCCAUUUACAUUGAGGACCCCAGAUCUUUGUGCUAUGCAGAAUGACAGCUCCGACGGCUUAAAAGAAGUUGGAUUAAUCUUGAACGACGUCGUAGGGGUUAAAAAAUCUUCUCUCGAGGCGAGAAAGACGGUGAUUGAAGUCUGCGACACGAUAGUUAAGAGAGGAGGGAGAUUGGCGGGGGCUGGAAUUGUGGGUAUCCUUCAGAAGAUGGAAGAGGACUCGAAAGGGCUUAUAUUUGGAAAGAGAACAGUGGUUGCAAUGGAUGGUGGCCUCUAUGAGCACUAUCCUCAAUACAGAAACUACCUGAAAGAUGCUGUGGCGGAGCUACUUGGGGACGAGGAUUCAAAGCAUGUUGUCAUAGAGCACACUAAAGAUGGGUCUGGGAUUGGCGCCGCUCUCUUGGCGGCCGCAAAUUCGAAAUAUCGAGAACGGUGAGGACUAAAUUUGAUGUGAGAUGCCGGCAAAUUAACACGCAUUCCAUUCUUUUUUUUGGGGGGGGGGUAAGUUAAGACAUUUUGAGUAGAGAAUUGUGAGAGUUAUCAUGGGAAUAACGAGUGUAACAUUUAUGUUAUUAUUAUAUGUGGUAUUUGGCUCUGUUGUUUUGUAUGCCCAUUUGAUUGGCUUGUUUGUUCAGGUUUCUAAUUUUUUGAUCAUUAAACCUCA